AUGUCUGGAGAAAUGACACAUGAGCAAUUCAUUGAUGGAUUAUUGAUCUCCUUAACGAUAGCUGAUAAUGGUGAUAUGUACAUCAGCAAGCAACCCACCGGUUCUAGCUCUUACAUUUACAGAGCUUCUAUGGAAACACCUCUGGCGUGGGAGGAAGUAGUCGAGUCGUCUGCUGAUGCCUUCUAUACGCUGUGUGCUCUUGACGACAACACUGUCGUGGCUGCGAUGUCUACACGUCCUGUCAAUAUGUUCUCAAAGUACGGAGAAGAUAUGGUUGUUAUGGACAAAUCUGGUAGAUUCAUGUGCUUUUCCAUGAAUGGAGAAUACAAAGGAUUGCUGGCGGAGAUCGACGCUUACAUUGCAAAUGGAUUCUGUAUCAAGGAUAACGCUGCUCUCAUAGCAUUCAGUGGAGUAGUCCUAGAUCAGGAAAAUAGAACGAUUUGCGAUGAUUGGUUGGAGUGGAUUAAUUUGGACGGGUCAUCAUGGCGAAAACAACGAGAGCAGCAAAAAGAGGCGGCCAAGUCUUGA